UGUGAAGAUUGUUUUGGGAUUGAACUCCGUUGUUCCUCUUGCAUGGUGAUGGCACACAAGGAUCACCCACUACACCAGUUGCAGAAAUGGAACGGUGAAUAUUUCGAAUUUGCAAGCCUGAAGAGCCUUGGUCUCCAGAUUCAGCUCGGUCAUGCACUAGGCCAUACCUGUCCCAAUCCCCAUUGCGCGUUCAAUGACGACUUUGUCAUUAUAGAUUCUCAUGGCGUGCACAAGGUAUUGUUGGAUUUUUGUGACUGCACUUUGGCAACAGCCCACAUACAACAACUGCUUCGCAUGUUACUGUUCCCUUCAACUACUGCAGACCCCAAAAUGGCUGCUACAUUUCGUCUUCUAGAAGAAUUCCACCUCUUGUCUUUGGAGUCAAAAGUGUCUGCCUAUGAGUUUUAUUAUGCCCUAAUGCGGAGGUCUGAUAACACAGGGAUCAAUCCUAUCAAAGAUCGAUAUGACUCAUUCAUGAGAAUAGUACACGAAUGGUGUCAUCUCAAAAUGCUCAAGCAAUCUGGGAGAGUGCACAAUCCCAAUGGCAUUGAUGUGAUGGCAGAGGGUGCAUGCGCUGUUAUAUGUCCAGCCUGCCCACAGCCUGGGAAGAACUUACUGUCCAACUGGAGAGAGGCCCCCCCUGACAAAAGCUGGUUGUAUGGCCUAUUUGUGGCCAUCAAUGCGAACUUCCAGCUGAAAUGGAGAGUCAUGUCAAAAGAUAGUGUGGACCCUAGCCUUAGUAAUGGCUGGGGAUACUUCGUUGAGGAAAGUGCAUACAAGGCCUUCCUGAACGAUGAAUCCAAUGUUAGCCAAGAGAAGUCUGCUUGUUGGAGCCACAAUGCAGUAAACAUGGCAGAUACUAAAUCAAAUUGUGGCCUGGCAGCUACAGGGCUCGGUACCAUUGACUGCACCCACCACAAUAUGAAGUUACCAACGGCAGUCAGGGACCUCCAGAAAGGAGAAAAGUACAUAAAUAUGGAUUAUUUGUUUUUCUUGGCCCUUCGGCAUAUGACUGUCGAUAUUCUCAAUAUCUUGUAUGAUAUUGCUUGUCAGUGGAAUAAGAAUCUAUGGCACCGCUGUGGGGAACAUCCCCACUGUAGGCCCGUAUCCCGUAUAAUUCCCAUGCCUUCCCACCAUUUUCCCAUGCGUUCCGCUACCAUCCUGCUACCCACCCGCAUCUUCCCCGAGCUGUCUGCUACACGGAACCCAGUGGAACCCAGCGGAACAAUUGCGUACCACACGCAUCAUAUCCUUUUAGCCUUCGGAAUGUCCUCCUCCGUCCUGUCCUUGUUCUUCCAUCCUCGCUGGUGA